AUGACAGCUGAGAGCAGGAGAAGGGCUUUGCGCAAAGGGAAUGAGAAAGUAGAUUAUGGGGAAAAGGAAGAGUCUGACCUCGAUUCCGAGUCUGUCGUAAGUGAAAGCAGGAAUUCAAGUGGCAGCGAUGAUCUCAAGGAUGGUGGAUCUGAUAUUGAAGAGGUAUGGCUGCACGAUGACCUUGAUGGAAACGAAGACGUAGCCCUUGACUCGGACGACGACGAAACUGACCUUAAGGAGGAGGAUAAGAAAUUAAAUGAUUUACUUGAGCAGUCACGACUGAAGUUGAAGCAAGAACGUCAGAAUGAUGACAAGGAUAGUGAUGAUGAUGAUAGUGAUAAGGAUGAAAAUAUGGACUCUAGAAGUGUAUCACUAAAGUUGAAAAAAUUGAAUGAAUUUGUAACCCAAAGUAGAGUGUAUUCUGGUGUGAUAGCCGACACUCUGUUCGAAAGGUCAAAGCAAAGACAGCGAGAGGUGGAAGCUCAAAUUGAAGCUGAAAAAAAAAAGAUGACUGCGGAACCACCUAAAAAGAAGACUAAGACCAGGUCAAUAGUGGAUUUUUUCAAGCCAAAGACUAAGGAAGAAGCGCAACCAUCAGCGCUUCUGGAAGACUCUAUAAUUGCAGAACAGCAACCCUCACUUUUGAAAAAUUGCAUUCUCAAACCCUAUCAGCUGGAUGGUUUGAAUUGGCUGAUUACCUUAUAUGAAAAUGGAUUAAAUGGAAUACUCGCGGAUGAUAUGGGAUUAGGCAAGACGAUUCAAAGUAUAGCUUUGUUAGCAUUUAUUUAUGAAAUGGAUACUAAGGGCCCAUUUUUGAUCGCUGUGCCUCUUAGUACAAUUGAUAACUGGGUUAAUGAAUUUUCUCGGUUUGCACCUGAUAUACCAAAAUUAAAGUACUAUCAUCAAGGUGGAGCUAGAGAAAGAAUAAAAUUGAUGAACAAGUUUUUCAGAGAACACAAAUCGACCGGUGUCGUUAUAACAUCAUAUGAAAUGAUCAUCAGAGACUCUAAUGAAAUUAUGUCAAGGUCAUGGAAGUUUUUAAUCGUCGAUGAAGGCCAUAGACUCAAAAACAUCAACUGUAAACUGAUACAGGAAUUGAAGAGAGUAAAUACAAGAAAUAAAUUGCUGUUAACGGGAACACCUUUACAAAAUAACUUAGCAGAGCUCUGGGCAUUGCUGAAUUUCAUCAUGCCUGAUAUUUUCAGCGAUUUUGAGAUUUUUAAUAAGUGGUUUGAUUUCAGAGAUCUCGAUUUGCAAAACAAUUCCGCAAAAUUGAAUAAAAUUAUAAAUGACGAGUUAGAAAAGAACCUGAUUUCGAAUCUGCAUACGAUUUUGAAACCUUUCCUCCUCAGGAGAUUGAAAAAAGUGGUUUUAUCUGGUAUCCUUCCUCCUAAGAGAGAAUAUAUUGUUAACUGCCCCCUGACUCCAAUUCAGAGGAAAUUCUAUAAUAUGGGAUUAACUGGUAACCUCAAAAAAACUAUUCUAAAGGAAAUGAUUAAAUCCUUUUUUACCUUGAACACUGAGUAUAUCGGGACUGUUUCGAAUAAGUCCAUAAGAAACUUCAUCAACUACAAAUUGAAGGAAUCAAAUAAUGAUAUUGUUAACUUAGAAGAUAGGGAUGAUACCAAUAAAAGAAUGGAAAAAGUCUACCAAACCCAUAUGCAUAAAGAAUUUUGUAAUAUCAAGCUUCAAAACAUGAUUAUGCAAUUAAGGCAAAUAGUUGAUUCAACUUACCUAUUCUAUUUCCCAUUCCUGCAGCCCAAGGAUCUGACGUUGGAACAGUUAUUAAAUACAUCGGGCAAACUAAAAAUGUUACAAACGCUUGUAAUACCAUUGUGUGAAAAUGGUCACAAAGUCCUAAUCUUUUCACAAUUUGUACGAAUGCUUGAUUUGAUUGAAGAUUGGUGUGACUUGAACUCUUUAAAAACCUUAAGAAUUGAUGGAUCCGUUGACAACGAAACUAGGAAGGAGCAUAUCGACGAGCUCAACUCGUCAAACAGUAAGUGUGACAUUUUUCUUUUAUCAACAAGAGCCGCCGGCCUCGGUAUCAAUUUAAUUGGUGCAGAUACGGUCGUUUUGUUUGAUAGCGAUUGGAAUCCCCAGGUUGAUCUCCAAGCUAUGGAUAGAUGCCACAGAAUUGGGCAGGACAAACCUGUAAUUGUUUACCGCUUGUGUUGCGACAACACGGUGGAACAUGUCAUACUCACUAGGGCAGCAAAUAAGAGAAGGCUAGAGAAACUGGUCAUACAAAUGGGUCAGUUCAGUACACUCAAGAAACUUGCUCUGAAUGAAGGCUCAUUCCUUCAACAAAAGAAGGGUGCAGCAGCGAGAACAAGCAACAAGGACAUCAUUCAGGAAUUGUCACGACUACUAGUAACUGGAGAAUCAAGUAUUGGUUUCGCAAGCAAGGACUCCGACCAAACUAAUCACGACGAACAGCCGUUAACUGAACAAGAGCUACUUGAAUUAAUGGAUCGUUCACCCAGUGCUUACGACCCGGAAAGAACAGUAGAGCUUCCUCACGUAUGUCUCUUCGAGACCACUGCUGGAGAGCUCUGA